AGCUUUUUAUGUCGGUGUUCUUCAUUUUCGAAGCUCUUCAAAUUUAUUGUCCAAAUUUGAAGUCAAUUUGGGAAGAGUCGAAAUUAAAUAGAAUUGCUGCAUUGGAGAAAUAAGGUGCUAAAUAGGUAAAAGAAAUAUAACUACAUGCAAUACAACUAAGAAUAUUGCAUAGAACAACUUUUGUAAUAUUGUUUGCAUAAAAAGCUUUGAUGUGUCGGUUGUUAAAAGAGGAACAGAAACAAACGAAGCAACACAAGAGGACGUCGAAAACGUUUACAUAUUCUCAGCCGACAGAAGGUGAAUCUGCUGAUCAAAGCAAAAGCCAUAAAAGGUGCAAAAAUUUGGAUUUUAAGAAUUUUUGAUUAUUUUGAUGAAAAGUUGAUUUAGACGUGCUUGUGUAAAAAGUUUUUAUAAGUAUAGUGCAUUCAGUUCAGUCAAUAUAUUUACAAACAUAUACAUAAAGACCAAAGGUCCACGCCCCUUUGAAGUUGUAUACUAGUAUGAAAAAGAGUGACCUAAAUCAGGAUAUAACCGAAGUGACUAUUGGCACAGCAUCCAAUGAAAAUAAAGUAAUAAGGUCCAACAUGAUGCAUACUUUUGAAACCCAAUCUGCCCCACCUUCAGAUUUUCCCCAAAUGGAUCGAAAUGUGUCCACUACAUCUCUAACCAAGUUGACACAACAGCCUCAAACGCCAGAUAUGUUGGCACUAAAUGAGGAAGAUAAAGCGUCUACAUCAUCUGCAGGGAAAAUGCUUGCUGUCAAUUUAGGAAUAGAACCAAUAAUGAAUGAGACAGUUAGAGAUGAAUUAGGGGAAAGAAGUUGCUGGAUUUGUUUUGCAACAGAUGAAGAUAACCGUCUAGCUCCUUGGGUGCAGCCAUGUAAAUGUCGUGGUACUACAAAAUGGGUCCAUCAAAGUUGUUUAUAUCGAUGGGUAGAUGAGAAACAAAAGGGUAACGGGAUGCGUGCAGUUAGUUGUCAACAGUGCCAAACCGAAUAUAUUAUUGUUUUUCCACAAAUGGGCAAAGUUGCCAAUUUAUUAGAAGCUUUCGAUAAUAUAAUUAAACGCCUAAGUCCCUUUCUGGCUGCCGGUAUUUUUGUUGGUUCAUUAUAUUGGACAGCAGUAACUUAUGGAGCUGUAACCUUCCUACAGAUUGUUGGGCAUAAAAAGGGAUUGGCCCUAAUGGAAAAUGGUGAUCCACUAAUAUUAUUACUUGGUUUGCCUGCAAUUCCAGUUGGUCUAGUACUGGGACGUAUGAUUCGCUGGGAGGACGCAGUAAUCAGAUUGAUCCGAAACCGUCGAAGUGUUGCACGAAAAUUCCCACUGAUGAACUUCAUUAUUCCUUUUCCUGAAAAUGAAGAGGAACAAUCGGCGCAAAAUCCGGCAACGCCUACGUUGGCAGAUCCAGUCUCUGCCACUCGAAUAUUUUGUGGAGCCCUAAUUUUACCAACCAUAUCGACUAUAGUCGGCCGUUUGCUCUUUGAAUCAAUUGAAGAUACCCUGCAUCGUACUCUUCUAGGCGGUUUAACAUUUAUUGCUGUAAAAGGUAUCCUUAAGAUUUAUCUAAAGCAACAACAAUACACACGAAAGAAAAAACGUCGCAUCGUCGAUUACACUGAUGAGAAUGUGCGUAUUUUCGUAAAUCGUAGCACAUCUCGCCACCAUGGUGGCGCUACUUCAUCGGGUGGUGCUUCAACUGCAGCUAGUGGUGAAGCACCCAAUGCUGGGGCGGCAUCGGAUGGCCCAAGCACACAGUUCCAAAGAGAUCCAAACUUAGUACCACAAUCUGCAAACGAACGCAUCAGCAUGGUUUAGACCCCUACUGAACUAAAGGUGAUAAAUUAAUUUACCACAGUUGUCUCAACUGUAACAUGGACGAUGGAGCCGAAAUGAGUGUCAUUUAUACACUUUAUAGAUAUCCGUGCUUGUUGCAAUAAAUCAGGGCCGUAGUUUGUUCUCUACUUUCUUUUUACUAACCAAAUUUUAGCAACACCAAAUCGAUGUAUUAAAUAAGUUCCAAUUCUGCAUAUAUAAGGCGCCAAAAUUGAAUGAUAUUAAAAUAAAAAUUUGUAAAUAAAAUGAGAAAGCGCAAUUUAUAAGGAAUAACAUGAAAUUGCAAAUUUACUUUCAUAAUUAAUUUAAAAUUCGCUCAAUGCACAAUUAUAUAAAUAAAAGAAAAAACAUUCGGAUUGGUUGAGUGGAUUUCGCCAUAUACAUAUGUAUGUACAUACAAUAUAUAAAUAUUUGUAUGAUCACAUUUUUGUGUAUUUAUGUAUGUGAAACGCCAAUAGUUAAGAAAUAAAUCUUUGAACAAAUUUCGGAAAA